GCACCUCUCAUUCGGAGCAUAUAGCCGAUUUGGUUCCCUCCGUUUCGACCUUCGGAGUGGUGGUAAAGCGCGCGAGCAACCGUCCGUUUAGGUUAUGUCGCCGCCUCGUGACUAAAAAAAAACCGGCUCUCGCUCGAGGUGUUUAGGACAUUUUAGGGCUCAGGGCAUCUGGGGCUUAGGUGGUUUUUUAUGUCGGAGUUGCACGGUCUGGCCCUGAAACGUUCCUGCGUCCAUCGUCGACUCGCUGUAUAGUCUAUAUUUACGCAAAGCUGCCGGGUUACUCGACACACAUGAUGCCAACACCUGCCCGUCGCGCUUGGAAAUGAGCAGAGACCUGGGUCUUUACCGUCACACCGUCAGAUUGUAUGUACGCAGGCAAUACUACUCCGUCGUACAUAAACGGGUAACUGAUAAAGCAGAAGUACCUUCCGGUACGACCGUAUGUACAGUUUUUAAUAGAUACGAUUCCACGGCGUCUAGUAGACUCGCCAAGAACGACAUGGACGUGUUCAGAUUCACGGACUACGACUGCGUCGGCUUCGACCUGGACAACACUCUGCUGCGUUACAACGUCACGAAUCUAGUUCGCAUGGAGUACGAGAUGCUGGCCAGAUUCUUGGUGGACAGACGGGGAUACGGCGCGAAGCAUCUGCUGAAACUACCGCUGACAGACGACGACCUGGACUUUAUGCAGAAGGGACUGUUGCUGGACAUGGAGAGGGGAAACGUGCUCAGGCUGAGCCCGGACGGUGUUAUCCGCAGAGCGUGCCACGGCUCGCGUCUGUUAAACGCGGACCAAAUAAGGGAGAUAUAUCCGGAGCAAAGGUGGGAGGCCACGGAUGUUUUCUGUCGCGACGUACUGGCAGCCUGGAACGGUGCUCUGUCCGAGAAAUUGAGGAGCACGCUGGAUUACUUCGACAUAGUGGCGGGUCUGGCGUUUGCACGAGCUGUAGACACUCUCGACGAGGAACGCGGAUCACCCUUGGACAGAUAUAAUAUCUGGCCUGACAUACUGGCCGGACUGUUUUACAUGUUCUCUAGAGAGCAUUUCCAAUCGAACAAAGGGAUCUUUGGCCAUGUUAAAAGAGACCCGGAGAAAUAUUUGCGUAAAUGCAGCUCAGACACGAUCUCCUGGUUGAGAGAAGUAAAGAAAAAAUCCGCGACCUUUCUCAUUACCGGAUCGAAUGCGGACUUUGCGAGUUUCACCGCGAGUUACGCUCUCGGGGAAGACUGGCGAUCUCUCUUCGAUAUUGUAGUGUGUUACGCGAGGAAACCGGGGUUUUUUAUUAACAAUCGGCCGUUCUUCGACGUCGUAAAUAAUAACGAAACCAAUAUUGCGAGCCGAGAUUUAAAACGAGGCGAAAUGUACAGUCAGGGAAACUGGAAUGAUCUAUUAGAAUUUCUCGCUCGUAUAACGGGGAAAAUUAAUCAGCGGUGCUUAUACGUCGGCGAUAAUCUCAUACAAGAUAUUUAUGUACCAAAUGUAUUUGCACGUUGUGAUACACUGGCCGUAAUCGAGGAACAAAUGUCAGAAGGGAUGCUCUAUCACUCUUUGACACAUCUGGACGAGAAGAUUUUGAAUUCGAAACUCUGGGGGUCUUACUUUUGUCUGAAAGAUUCGACAAUCAAUGUAGACUCUUUAUGGGGGCAUAUAAUAAAGAAACACGCGAAGCUGUGCAUACCGGAUAUCAGUUUGGUAACACAGAGACCGUUAGGGGAGCCUAUCCUUUGUUUUGAUAAAGAUGGAAAGUCAUAUCGCGGAUAUUAUCCUGCUGUACCACUCACUAUCAAGGAACAAUUAAAACGACUAGGCCGACCUUCGAGGGAAAUGAUGAGUACAAAAACAACUUACAGAACAAAACGUGCCCAACAGAGACAACAGGAAGGCCUUGCGGCUGUAGAACAGAUUUUAGAGAGUAAGAAUAUAACAAAAACCGAAACGUAAAUAAAUGAGACUUGUAAAGAUCUAA